AUGGGCAACCCACUCUCAAAUACUACAACUACAACCUCAAAGCCUCUCACGGCCGUGAGCUUGGCAAAUGUUCCUCAUGGACCUGGCAUGUUGGACAAGUCUCUGGAGAAGAAGAACCAUGAGAUGGUGGCUCUUGGAAUACCGGCUAACACAGCUCCAUACUCGACCCACGAUGCUAGCGGAUCUGACGACAUCCAGCUCUACGAUGGAGAAGUACCGACUAUUCUGAAGAACUUUAGAGGAUGGGUGAACCCAGAAGAUUUGCCGCCGAAGCCGCAGUGUAUCGCUCAGCAAAACGACGAUGAUUGGCUGCGUGCGAUGACCCGCUGUACCAAACUUCGAUGCACCAACAAAUUCAUCUUCUGCACGCACCGUCAAUGGCUUACCGAACUCAGCUGCUUGCGUGCCGAGUUCCAUCCAUCCUUUAUGGAGCGCUAUAACGACCACUGCAGCCGAUCAGUUCUCGCCAAGGCACAGCUCAUGCAUUGGAUACAGGCCGUCGCGGGUCGAAGUUGGAUCGUUGAUAUCGGUGAUACCAACAAACUCCAGAAUCUGUCGCCGAAAAGCUUGCUACGGGGCUACAAGACCACCGACGUCGCUGAAAAGGCACCGUACUGUAUGAGAAAGUCAACCUCUCUACUUGUAGAGAAAUUCGAUCUCACUAUGUUGGUUUGUACCUUCACCAGUACGACUAUUUCCCAGGGCAACGCUGCUCGGCCUUGGGAGUACAGCCCACGAUUGAAGUCCAUGACGCCACUGAGCUGGGACACCGCCGGAUACGAUCUCACUCAUGGCCAUAUUGCAGACGGAGUUUAUUUCGACGUCGAGUGCUUUUGUCAUCGAUUCUCUGACCAGCAGCAACAAGGCGAACCCUGCUCGACCCAGCUUGACCUGACAAAAGAGCGAUUAUGGAUACAUGCUGUCUGUGGACCAUCUGUAUUGCCCAAGGACUGGGAGAAGUCGCUCAAAACCCUUGGCCAAGACUACAUCCCCAUGAAAAGAUGGGAGCGAUCCUCCGACAUCACGAAUAUGCCAGAGAACGUCACAGCGCUAUCCGAGGAAUGCACAACAGAUGCUUGCGAUACAGACUCAGAAGGCUUUUGUCAGUUGGUACCUGUCAUGGACAGAAGCUGCAUGUGCAGUAGACUUGAUUACGAUCUCUGUCAAGGUGCUUGUCAAGACUUCGAGUCGAGAAAGCAAUAUGUCCAGUGGAUCCAUAAGCUCUGCGGCGGCGAUCGAGGCUGGAAUGGUUUACCUGACGACUGGCACCAAUUACUCGAGCCUCGACCACGCGACAUGAUUCCAUGGAGAUGGACCCUCAAACCAGCUAGUACCAGUGACAUCGCAUGCCCAUCUUACCCCAUUAUGAUGGGCAGCCUUGCCCUCAUCAACGUGGUGGCUGGUCUGGCUGUGUUCUUUGGUGAAAGAUAUACCCGAGGCUCCACCACUCUGGCACCGCCUCGGAUGAGCCCACUCUUGGUCUUGAGAGCACUCGUACUUGCCAGCGUCCAGUUGGCCGGCUACUGGCUAAUGGUUGAAAUCAUCCAGAGCACCCCUCGUUACAGCGACGUUCCCGAAUUCCAGCUAUUUCUUCUUUUCUGUUCUCUUCCUCGCUUGGGCUGGCUUGUUAUAGCGCCAACAAGCAUUCAUCGGCCUGAUUCGAAGGACCUCACAGCGGCUUCAUCUGCGCUAUGUGCCGAGGUCCUCCUGCAGAUCCCGAACCUCUGCUACAUGGCCAUGACUGUCAUCUAUGGUCUCAAGCAUGGCAUCUAUUUCGGUGUUCUACCAAGCACGGAAGUUGGAUACUUCGCUUGGUUGAUGUAUGGCGGAGCAUUGAUGUGGCUGGUGGCCGUCGCUUUCAUGGCUUUACCAAUCUUUCACAUCAUCCGCACUAUGUUCGACAUUGGUCGCGAAGCUGACCGCGACCUGCCAAGGUUCGGCGUUAGCGGUUUUGCGACAACCUACAGGGAUGCACGUGAUUGUGACCCCUUGUUGCCCGAACAGCACCGGAACGCUCCGUCCAAGGUUGAUUUCUACGGCGCGGUGCCCGGGAGAGCUGAGCAGAUCCAGUCUGAGGAGGAUCCCAGAGCUCCCCAUUUGAAACUCUACGUGGUUUUGACCUUGGGGUUUCCCUUGAUCUUCUUAGCGCAGUCCCUUUUCUGGAUUGGAUUCUUGAGAGUCAGCGGCGAUGAUUUUUGUCCCCCUUCGACCGGCAUGCUGACCGGUGUGGAAUUGGUCUCAUCUCUCAUGGCGGUUGCUCUCAAAUUUGUUCUGUAG